GUUUAUAUAAUAAAGAUCGAAAAUGGCUUAUAGCAAGCAAAGACUCCUCAAAAUUAAAUUGAUCACCUUCCUGCUGAUAUUCCUCUGCAUAUUACUCACCACAAAUUGCACUAAAGCUCAAAAAUCAUCUCCAAUCCAAUCAGAAGGCGAGAGUGUGCAGAGACAGUUACACAGAGGAGGAGGGGGUGGAAGAUAUGGUAGACGUGGUUAUGAUGAUGACGAUGAUGAUUACUAUAAUAGUAAUACUAGCGAGCCAAUGGAUUCUGGCGAUGAAGGAGGCAGCUCAAAGACAUUUUUGAUUUUUUUUGUAACUGGAAUUCUAUUAGUUCCUGCUUGCUGCUUUGUUAGUAGCUACAUCUACUUUAAAUGUCGUCUGCAUUACAACUCCGAUAGAAAUAUCAGAAUAGUUCAUGCAAACAGAAAAGUAAAUAUUACUAAUCAAGAAAAACUUAGCCAACUCAUUUCAUCUUCCAAAUUCUCUAAAGAAAAUAAUAUCUAUGAUAUUCAUGAAUGAACUAUCUGUCUUUCUGAUUUCAAGCAAGAAAGCUCUAUCUCUGUUAUAAAAGGUUGCAAACACAUUUUCCAUGAGAAGUGCCUAGCAGAAUACUUUGGUGUUAAUAGGAAUGCGGUGGACCCAAAAUGCCCACUUUGUAACUGCCAGUUGUUUAAAAUGCGCUAAAUUGAUAUCUCUCUAUUUUUAAUCAGAAGA